GCGCACUACCAUUGGCUAAGCGAGCGCUACGUGUACAUUACAGCAGCAACAGGUACCUCACAUGUUUACAGUUAUCUUCAUCCUCGGAGUGGAACCUCAGACGCUUCUACCACUUAAGCAAAACGUGCAUUCUGAAGAUAUUAUCGAUGUUCCACGGUGAAAACUAUUCUUCUACAUACAGGGGAAUCUUACUUUCACUUGAAAGGCUGUUGUGAGGAAGAGGGGUAACUAAAUCAGGCUGAAGGAUGAAGUCUAAAGGGAAGGUCGCUAAGUCAUGCAGAAAACCCUGGACCGAGCCAGACCUGGACCGUGAACCAGAGAACAGAGAACCAGGCACCAGCGAACAGGAGGGCUCUGAGGCCUCGGUCCGUAUUGGAGGCUCCUGGAGAGGCGUUCUGAGGGGCGGGGACCGCGAGCGAGGCGGAGGCGGUGGCACUACCCACGGCCUCCACAGACACCGACGGUCUCACAACAGCAACAAAGAACGCAACGUCCGGCGGCUGGAGAGCAACGAGCGGGAGCGCCAGCGCAUGCACAAACUUAACAACGCCUUCCAGGCUCUUAGAGAGGCCAUUCCACAUGUCAAAAUGGACAAGAAGCUCUCCAAGAUCGAGACGCUGACGUUGGCUGAGAACUACAUCAAGUCCCUGACCUCCAUCAUCCUGGGGAUAUCUAGCGCCCGCCUGCCUCCUGGUGAGACACCGACAGAGGCUAGCGCUGCCAGACUGCUCCAGUGUUACCAGCAGCACCUGGAGGAGGACGGGGAUGAGAGCCUGUCUCAGUUCCUCACCCAAAUCCACAGCUUCAGCCAGGAGAGCUAACAGCUAGCCUCAGUUCCUCACCCAGAUCCACAGCUUCAGCCAGGAGAGCUAACAGCUAGCCUCAGUUACUCACCCAAAUCCACAGCUUCAGCCAGGAGAGCUAACAGCUAGCCUCAGUUCCUCACCCAGAUCAACAGCUUCAGUCAGGAGAGCUAACAGCUAGCCUCAGUUCCUCAACCAGAUCCACAGCUUCUGCCAGGAGAGCUAACAGUUAGCCUCAGUUCCUCACCCAGAUCCACAGCUUCAGCCAGGAGAGCUAACAUCUAGCCUCAGUUCCUCACCCAGAUCCACAGAUUCAGCCAGGAGAGCUAACAGCUAGCCUCAGUUCCUCAUCCAGGUCCACAGCUUCAGCCAGGAGAGCUAACAGCUAGCCUCAGUUCCUCAUCCAGAUCCACAGCUUCUGCCAGGAGAGCUAACAUCUAGCCUCAGUUCCUCACCCAGAUCCAAAGCUUCAGCUGAGAAAGUUAAUAGCCAGCAGGUGCUAACUCCACAGCCAAAGAGUUGAAGCAUCCAGGCUUGACUUGGGGAGCGGAUCUCAACUGAAACCCUAUCUACCAUAUUGUACACUGCUACUCUACUUAUGACCAUGGCCAAAAGUAGUGCACAGAUUGGGGAAAGGGUGUCAUCUGAGAUGCAGCCUUAUACUCCGACAAGCUAGUGAGCUAUAGUGACAUACCUGACCAUGCACUAAAUGGAGCACACAAGAAGGUGAGCUGAUUUGGAGCACUGCACCCUUGACAUUCAUUCUCAGAAACGUAAUGGUGGAGUACAAGUGAAGACAGACAGACAGGCAGCCUGUGGACUAUGUCAGAUUAGACAAAGGCCUAGCCAGAGCUGUGACAGACAGAAUCCCCAAAGGACCAUGAUAUAACUUCUAGAACAGGGGAACUUAAAGUUCAUCUCACGUGGGAUUCUGAUUCUGAUAUGUGUUGAGAACCAAGUCAAAGAACAUUCCAGCGCCAUUUAAUCUGUUUUCUUUAUUUUUUCUGUCAUUUUUCCUAGCUGGCGAUUAACUGUAGUUACCUGAUUGGUCAGAAAUGUAAAAUAACUGAUUGUUAAAGUAUAGUUCUCCAGCAUACACUGUAGCCCACAGGGGCCCAAGCUGUGUAUAUAGGACAGGCCACCCCUGCUGUAGAUAGGACAGGCCACCCCUGCUUUAGAUAUGACAGGCCACCCUAGCUGUAGAUAGGACAGGCCACCCCUCUGCUGUAGAUAAAUAAAUGUUUUCAACCUUUUAGGAACAAUGUUUGUUUUCCCAGCUGAGCACUACCUCUGGACACAACAGUCACAUACAGGACAAGGAUAUGCGUCCCACAGACUGCCUCUCGACACAACAGUCAAGUACAAGACAAGGAUAUAAUUCCCUAUACUUGUCCCACAGACUUUAGUCAAAUACUGUACUGUUUAAGGAAGGGAAAGAAUACACACUGUAAUUUAAACAAAGUGUAAAUUAUUAGAGACAUAUUUGUAUGUAUAUAUUUUAUUUGGGGGUGGUUGACACAGUUAUUAAAUUGCAGAGUGGAAGACAGGUAGGUGGGACAAACAGUUUGAAGGGUUGGAGCAGGGAAUUGAACUCAUGCCUCUGGUGGGAAGAGGAAGCCAGCAGUGUUAUCGCUAGACCACAGGAUCUACACAGAGCCAUAUGUGUACAUGUCAAAAUGUACAGUAGGUGUUGACCAAGUUGUUUUACCUCCAUGACCCUAUGGUAUCUUGUGUUUUUAUGGUUUCUGGGACAUGGAUGUCUGUAGCUCAGUUGGUAGAGCAUGGGGCUUCCAAUGCCAGGAUAGUGGGUUCAAUUACCACUUGUACACAGAAAGUAUGCAAACAUGACUGUAAGUUACCUGGAAUAAAUGCAUCAGCUAAA